UCUGAUGUAUGUCUUUCUCGCCUUAGUCUCCUGAGAGUCGAAUUUCCUCGACAAUUGCUGCACUUUUGCGGCAGCAAUAAGUCUACUUGCUACUCCUCUAAUCGAACUACGCUGAAAAUCGGGCAGUUCGUCGCUAAUGGCAUCAGCGGCAACGGACCGUUCACCGGCUGUGCUACUCUCACACAACGCAACAGCUGUAGCAGAGGCAGCAGUGCAGCUCCUGCCGGCUGUAACAGAGAUGGGAACAGCAGGGCUCGUGUACAUGGCUGCUGCAUCUUCUGCUCAGCGUGUUGGCAUGGUAUGCAGAGUCUCUUGCGCCUCCCCCGUCUCCUCCUCUCUGCUUGGCGCGCUUUGCAUCGCAGCUGGAUCUCUCGCCUCUGCUCAGGCGUCUCAAUUUGUGCAUGCAGCCUUCCAUCCACAUCCCAGGGAGAGCCAUCAGCACAACAGUGGGAGAAAACAACCAAACGCUUCCAAGAAGCAGGGCAUGGGUCAGAAGAGCACCAGCAAUCAGAAGCACAACACUUGGGGAAUGUGGGCUAGCAGUACCAGCCAACACAGCAGCAGCAGCAGCAGCAGCAGCAGCGAUGACUCUACUUUCACUGGUGGUAUGAAGAGAGCGCGAAGGGGCUUGUCAGACCUGCGAAGGCGAGCAGCAGAUGAGCUGUGGCCAAGCCUCCUGCCCCCGCGGCAAGCUGCAGCGCAUGUGGUUGUUGGCCUUCUCGCAUUCAAGGUGCUAGGGGGUCGCUUCUGCAACCUCAUGCCAAGCGACGUCCAAAAACGAGGCGCUUUUGCCUCCUUCUCCCUGCCAGCCAACGGCAGGCGAUACGCGUCUGGGAACACAAGGGGUCUCAUAAAGGACCUGUUCCAUCGGUUUGGCUGCCACCACUGCGGGACGAGGCGGGGGGAAUUCAUUGCGGAUCACAUUCCCACCAAUCGCGACGUGCAUGGGGCCAGAUGGCUCAAGCAGGCCCAACAGGCUAGGGCUCACGCUAUUGCCGCCACAACUGGCCGGAGCACCACAGCAGCCUUGGCAACUUCCACGGGCCUCACAUCCUGGCCCGCCAAGUUCCUGCCCCUGGGUUUCCUACGAGUGUUCCGCCCUUCGGCUGCUACCAGUGCCACUGCCACAGCCACCAACGCCAUCGCGACAACCACAGCCACAGGUGCCAAAAGACGGCCAGUCAAAGCGAAAGCAGGAGCUCCACUAGAAACAGCAGCAGCAGCAGCAGCUGAAACCAGCAGCGCUAGCAGCACCACCGCAGCAGCCGACGCCUCACAGGCUCGGGCCAAGGCUGUGUCCAAGGCUGGGCGCAUGCCUCGGGUUUCGUCCUUGUCCUCUUCGACCUCCCGCCUCUCCAGAGUCCCCAGUAUGAAGCGAUCGCCUAGUUUAAAACCAUCACCUAGUUUGAAGCGAUCGCCUAGUUUAAAACCAUCACCUAGUUUGAAGCGAUCACCUAGUAUCAGACGCCUGGGAAGCACAAGAGGGGCAGGAAGUGAGGGGAAAGGCGUAGAAGGGGCGAGGGAAGGGGAAAAAAGAGGCGUUAUGGGAUGGCUUGGGCUAAGUUCUGGCAAAUUGGGGGAUGUGGCGAGUCAGAGGCUGUACCCGCAGUGCGUUGACUGCUCCGCACGCCAGGCGGCUGCACUGAGGCACCAGCGCCGCACACUCAUGCCGCACCGACGCUCCGGAUGGCCCCUGCCGUGCCUCUUUGGCGGAUUCUUCCUACACCCGCAGCUGAUGAUGCAAGGAGAAGGAAGUGGGCCCAGCAGUACAGUGGGGGCAGCUGCAUGAUGCAAUACCUCUACAGUAAAUCUGACAAUUGAAUUCAUUGGCCGUUGUACAGCUUCUUUUGCCAGUGUAGGCAGUAUUG